AAAUUAAUUGAAAGAGACACAUAUAAUUAACAUUAAUGCAAAUACAAUUAAAUAGAGUAAUUCUAAUUAAUUUAGCUUUAUAUCACUAGAAUGCCUGCAGUAUCAGCCUAUCAGGUUCCCACGUUACAAUUAAAUUAAGCACAAACAGGUAGCAGUAUCAUAUUUAUGGUGUGUGUGUGUGUGUGUGUGUGUGUAUAUAUAUAUGGAAUGAAGAAAUGGAAAUCAAGUAGCUAUAGCUACCACAAAGAAAGUGAUCACUAGAACUUUCAUGGCUUCCUUUAAUGGCAAUGGCAAACUACACGUGGUUAUGUUUCCAUGGCUAGGGUUCGGUCACAUGAUACCUUUCUUAGAGCUCGCCAAGUCCAUCGCUCAUAAGGGUCACAAAGUCACCUUUAUCUCCACCCCAAGGAACAUCCAACGCCUCCCCAAGCUGCCUCCAAACUUACUCCCUCUCAUACACUUUGUCAAAUUCACCUUGCCCAAGGUCCACGGCCUGCCCCAGAACGCAGAGGCCACCUUGGAUGUUCGGGGCGACCAAAUUCAGUACCUCAAGAUCGCUAUCGACGGCCUCGAGACCGAGUUCACUCGGUUCCUCCACAACUCAGUACCACCGGAUUGGAUCAUCCACGAUUUUCUUCAUUAUUGGUUGCCACCGCUUGCAGCUAAACUUAACAUCUCAUGUGCCCAUUUUUCAAUAAUCAAUGCAUGGUUCAUUGCUUUCUUAGGACCGUCUUCCACCUUGAUCCAAGUCUCUCAUCCACGGACCGAGCCCGAGCACUUCACCGUCCCGCCGGAGUGGGUUCCUUUUCCAACAAAGGUAGCGUAUCGCCUCCACGAGACACCGUGGAUUACGGGCUCGUUUGAACCGAACGAGUUAGGAGUUUCCGACAUGUACCGACUUGGAAUGACCUUUUUUGGGUGUGACGCUUUUUUCAUACGACACUGUGACGAGUUCGAACCUCAAUGGUUGAAUCUGCUCCGAGAAAUUCACCAGAAACCGGUGAUUCCUGUGGGUUUAAUGCCUCCCUCGGUGCAGGAUAGGGGAGAGGAAAUAAAUGAAGCGUGGGUUUCCAUUAGUGAGUUGCUUGGUAAGCAAAAGGAAGGGUCUGUGGUCUACGUAGCACUCGGGAGCGAGGUGACACUGAGUCAACAACAACUCACUGAGUUGGCUCUUGGGUUGGAGCUAUCUGGGUUGCCCUUCUUCUGGGCACUACGAAAGCCGCCCGGCUCGGACGAGUCUGACUCAGUUGAGCUGCCGGGUGGGUUCGAGGAGAGAACCAAGGAUCGUGGAGUUGUUUGGACGGGUUGGGCGCCACAACUCAGGGUACUGGGUCAUGACUCGGUGGGUGGUUUCCUGACUCACUGUGGUUGGAGUUCCAUAAUAGAGGGACUCAAUUUUGGGCUCCCACUUAUCAUGUUACCCUUUUUCGUAGAUCAAGGGUUGAAUGCUAGGGUCUUUGAAGAGAAGAAGGUUGGGAUAGAGAUACUCAGGGACGAACGAGACGGUUCGUUUACGAGGAACUCAGUGGCUGAGUCAGUGAGGUUGGUGAUGGUUGAUGGUGAGGGAAGCAUUUACAGGGACAACGCAUGGGAGAUGAAGAAAAUAUUCGGAGACAAAGAAGGGCAAGACAGACACAUAGAGUCCUUUGUUGAGUAUCUUGAAAACCAUAAGCGUGUGCUCAAGGACAGCUGAGUUGACUCCAAGACUCAGACAGACACCAGUGUUGUGUGUUGAAUUUGAUUUGGAUUGUGAUGUCAAAGUGCACUAUAUAUAUAUAUAUAUUUAUUUAUUUAU